GUGGCCGCCGGGCCCCUCCUGCCUCGGCUCGCCCCUCCUUCCAGAACCCCCAGGGCUCCUGCCCAAGGGCAGGGCUGCGUCGCGAGCUCCGCUGAGGCAGAAGAAAUGGGAAUCCCUUUGCGGCGCACCUGGAGCCGCCACCUUCUCUGGGGAAGCAGCGGUGUCUUCGAGGAAACCGGAAGCCCUUGGUGACCCCUGGCGACCCGGGUUGUUUUCAGGCGGUUUCCAUACACUGGGGAAUCGAAACUCGGCGGCCCCAGGGGCGGCCCCACGUAGCCAGGGUUCAGGAGGUCUUAAAAGGUUUCAUCUACAAGUUCUUCCGUAGCAUUUUUGCAGGUACAUAACUCUUGGAUGAGAAGGUAAUAUCGAACUUAAUGGCAAAAGCAGAUACACAAAGCAAGUAUAUAUAUUCACUGUCAUGGAUGCACUAGUAGAAGAUGAUAUCUGCAUCCUGAAUCAUGAAAAAGCCCAUAGAAGAGAUACAUUGACUCCUGUAUCAAUAUAUUCAGGAGAUGAGUCUGUUGCUUCACAUUUUGCCCUUGUCACUGCAUAUGAAGACAUCAAAAAACGACUUAAAGAUUCAGAGAAAGAGAACUCUUUCUUAAAGAAAAGAAUAAGGUUUUUGGAAGAAAAGCUUGUAGGAGCUCGAUUAGAUGAAGAAACAAGUUCUGUGGGACGAGAACAAGUAAAUAAGGCCUACCAUGCAUAUAGAGAAGUUUGCAUUGAUAGAGAUAAUUUGAAGAGCAAAUUGGACAAGAUGAAUAAAGACAACUCUGAAUCUUUGAAAGUAUUGAAUGAGCAGCUACAAUCUAAAGAAGUAGAACUCCUCCAGCUAAGAACAGAGGUGGAAACUCAGCAGGUGAUGAGGAAUUUAAAUCCACCUUCAUCAAACUGGGAGGUGGAAAAGUUGAGCUGUGACCUGAAGAUCCAUGGUUUGGAACAAGAGUUGGAACUGAUGAGGAAAGAAUGUAAUGAUCUUAAAAUUGAGCUGCAAAAAGCCAAACAAAUGGAUCCACCUCAGGAAGACAGUAUGAAGAGCAGAGAUCUCCAAAAACUAAGCAUUUCAAGUGAUAAUAUGCAACAUGCAUACUGGGAACUAAAGAGAGAAAUGUCCAAUUUACAUCUGGUGACUCAAGUACAAGCUGAACUACUACGAAAACUGAAAACCCCAACUGCAAUCAAGAAAGCCUGCACACCAAUAGGAUACAUGGAAGACCUUGGGAAAGAAGGAACAAAACUGCACUUGACAAAUUUCACUGCAACAUACAAAAGACAUCCCCCUCUGUCACCAAAUGGCAAAGCUCUCUGUCAUACUACAUCUUCUCCUUUACCAGGAGAUAUAAAGGUUUUAUCAGAGAAAGCACUUCUCCAAUCAUGGACAGAUAAUGAGAGAUCCAUUCCCACUGAUGGUACAGACUUUCAGGAACACAACUCUUACAGCAGAAAUUCUCUGGAAGAUAAUUCUUGGGUAUUCCCAAGCCCUCCUAAAUCAAGUGAGACAGCAUUUGGGGAAACUAAAAGUAAAACUUUGCCUUUACCCAACCUACCACCAUUGCAUUACUUGGAUCAUCAUAAUCAAAACUGCCUUUAUAAGAAUUAAUUCUGAAGAGAUUCAUGAUUUGAUCAUGAGGACACUCUCUCUCUCAAUGGUUCUCCAAGGAAGUUAUUUAACAAACUGAAAGUGGGCUUUGAUUAAAAUUUUGCAGAGUUCUUCAGUAUAUACAUUCAAACACACUGUACGAUAUUAUGUAGUUGAUUUUCUAGUAUGAAGAGUACCUCCAGCUCCAUAUUCUUAAGAAUCAGAUAUGUGCUACUGUACUAAUUUAUAAACUUAAGGUGUUUCAAAAAGACAAUUCUACCUUUGAUAAAAAUUGUAAAAUUUUGCCUCGAAGAUAAGGGAACUGGAUAUUUUUAGACAUGGUUUUAUGAAGUAUGUGAAAGGCCUAGACAUCUAUCCAUAAAAAUAAAAGGAAGCCUUGAAAACAGGGAAAAAACCAUGUUCACUGGUUCAGAUAUGCAUAAAGGAGCAAGUGGCAAUGCAAAUAAGUUAAUAUUCUAUUGACUUUAUGAUGCAUACAGAUAAGAAAUAUCAUAAUGGAAUAAAAAUGACUGGGUCAUUAUAUCUCUAUGGUAUUGUGUUUUAGACAUUAAGAUUUAAAUAAUUAUACUUUAGAAUUGCAAUUUGAAUUCUAAGACUUGAAAUGACCAUUGAAGCCAGCUUUGUCCCAGUACAUUCAAGUCCUAAAUGGAUAAAAAGAAGAAAUAGUUACAAACUGUGUGGUAUGUGAAUAAACUAUUAUAACCUUAUACACCAUUCAAUUAGAAGUAGAAAGAGCAUCUUAAAAGUUUUGAGUCUAAUCUGUCCCUCUGGUGGUCCAUAAUGAAAAUUUAAAUGUGUAUAACUGUAUAGUCAUUUUCUUCAAAGGGAAUAUUGCUGCUUGUUGUAUAAAGCAGUUUAUAAAUUGACUUUGUUUUGAAAUGUAGUACUUGAGAAAGUUAUUUUUGAAUUACAAAAUUUCACUUAGAACUAAAUUUUGUGCUGCAUUGAUAUAGUACAAUCAUGAAAUAUCCCCAAACUCAUUCUAACAGGUCAUUUGUAAAUAAGUGAGGAAAUAACAAAGGUGGCUUCACAGGAAAAUUGACCUGAAUUCUUUCAGGAUAGAAAUAUUAAUAAUAGUAAUAAUAUUUUACUUGGUUCAUACACCUUUUGCCUAGGAUACAGUGUUUCAUGUAGGAAGGACUUUAUCCUUUUUGAUAGACAGUUCAUAUAUCUUAAAUUCAAAAGAGUAUCACAGAUCUUUUCCAUAUUAUUGAAUAGCAUACACAGACAAUGUUCACCAUUCUUUUUCUCUAUUAUCUUACUCACUUAUUCAAGCUUGUCUGUGAUUAAUGGAAUUGAAGUCAGAUGCUGGAAUUUAUUCUGACCAGCGAACACAGCUGACUCAAGGGAGUACAGUCUUCUGCCAAGUAAUAGAACAAAACCCAAUAUGCAUAAAACAAAUAUAAGAUUCCAGGCUUUAGCUGAAGGAAGCAACUACCUGUGUAAUAACAAAGCAGCAUAAACUAUUUCUCAUGUGGCUGCAUAGGCUGUAUAUUAUCUCUAAUCUCUAAUGUGGCUUACUGGUUUGCCUUUUUUAAAACCAUGAUUGGAAAUUUCCUUUCGUAAAGUCAGUCAGUCUUACAAGAUAAUGGCUUGAUUAAUGUUUUGAACAAUGCCAAAAAAUUGUUUAAUUAAAAUUAUUUUUGUUUGAAAUGGAAGUGGAUGUGAAAUAAUAUCCUUGCUUAUAUA